GCUGCGUGACUAUAUCGGAAGUUGAUGCCUCCUGUUCUGUGUGCAUGUUUGAGAUCCAAAAUAUGGAAGAAAUUAAUGAUGGAAACUUGGCCCAGGUCCGACACGUUGUGUUGGUUCUGUCAGGGAAAGGAGGAGUGGGAAAGAGCACCAUCACCACAGAGCUGGCCCUGGCCCUGAAGCAUGCUGGGAAGAAGGUUGGCAUCCUCGAUGUUGACCUCUGUGGACCAAGCAUUCCUCGUAUGCUGAGUAUGGGCCGGCCCGAUGUGCACCAGUGUGACUCGGGUUGGGUGCCGGUAUACACUGACGCCCAGAAGAGCUUGGCCCUUAUGUCUAUUGGCUUUCUAUUGGAGGACCCAGAUGAAGCUGUGGUGUGGAGGGGUCCCAAGAAAACAGCUUUGAUUGGUCAGUUUGUGUCAGAUGUAGCUUGGGGAGAGCUGGAUGUGCUGCUGGUGGACACACCGCCCGGGACAUCAGAUGAGCAUUUGGCCGUACUGGAAAACCUUAAGAAGCACAGAGUGGAUGGAGCCAUUUUGGUCACCACCCCUCAGGCAGUAUCUACAGGUGAUGUGAGAAGAGAGAUCACCUUCUGCAAGAAGACAGGUGUACGGAUCCUGGGCAUCGUAGAGAACAUGAGUGGAUUUGUUUGUCCACACUGCUCUGAGUGCAGUAAUGUAUUCUCAAAGGGCGGUGGUGAAGAGUUGGCCAAAAUGACUGGGUCUAUGUUUCUAGGUUCUGUGCCAUUGGAUCCUCUUCUCAGCGCCAGUAUAGAGGAGGGCAGAGACUUCGCACAGUCAUUUCCUGACAGUGCCACCUUCAGUGCCAUUAGCAGUAUUUCUCAGACUUUGCUCAACAGCCUACAAACUGACUGAGACAGAUUUUGCAUAUUUGUGCUGUGAAAACUACAUGAGAAGUGUUGACUUCCUGUCUUUUUUAGUUCCAGCCUUAUGUAACCAUUUACUGAUCAUGCUAGUAGUAUCCGUUAUCUCUGCUGCACAGCAGACUUUGUGCAUAUCCGUCUGCUGAAGCUGCACUUGUUGUGGUUUGAAGAUUGUCGGCUCUGAGCGCGGAACAAAACAUAAAGAGAUAACUACUGUUAACAACUCAGCUGACCUUUCUUUGUAUGUUGUUCUGUAAUACGAUGGUAAGCUGUGCUGCCCAAGAGAGGCUUUAAACGACAGUAAAAUAUGGAGUACUGAAAACGCUACAGUCUGUGUGUUUGGACGCAAGUCAAAUCUAAGUUGGAAUCUUCUUUAAUUCAAUUGUGAAAACAUUCACGUCGACACAUCAGGAUAAAUUCAAUACCAGUGAUAAUACAGGUUUGUCGAUUGGUGCUUCGGUAAAAUGCGUCAGCAGCAGUGCCAUUUUCAGAAAACAGACUCCAGAUCAAAUUGGUCAAGUCCAUGUAGGAAACUAGGUCGAAUCUUGCAUACUAAUCUCCCCGUUACGUCCUACAACACAUCUCCCAAACACCAUUAAACCCUCAUUUUUUGCAAUGAUAUAUUAUUUGCAUCAUAAAUCUUGAUUCUUGAUCUGGAUCAUAAUCUUCUGAAACCAGCCUGCGCUUCAGGUUCAUAUUCCAACAGCAACAAAACACUAAAACCCAUGCAGGAUUCUUACGGCUGGAAUGUGGAAGAGAUGAAGUACAUCCACGGAUGAGGGGAGGAGAAGGGGGCAGGUGAAUAAGAUGGAGAGGAGAUGAAAUGUGGAAAUUACACUUGUGAGACCCCAACACAGGGCACACACACCUUUAAUGCAAACAGCAGUACUACAGGAAAAACACUGAAGUUUGAGAAUGUUCGCGUAAUGAUUAGAAUACAGCUACACAUAAAACUCCCACUCCACCAGCAACAUACUAAAGGCAAUCUUAAUUAUUAAACCAAGAAUUACAUCCAGAGGAAUUCCAACCACUUAUCACGAUUAACCCACAGUGCAUUAAAUCUAUCUAUAUAGAUAUUUAUAUGUCUAUAUAUUUAUAUAUGUAUAUGUCCUGGGGAAUUAAGAGACUUUUGCUGCAUUAAACAGUUCAAAGAACAAUUUCUUAUAAAUAAAAUCAGUGGAAAAAAAAAAAAAAAAAAA